AUGGCCGCCGAGCUCCGUGACAUCCGAUCUGCCGCCAUUGAUGGCCGAAUGCACAAUGCUUUCUUCCAGAAAGAACAGCUCAAAAGUUUGCAUGAUAUUCUUUCUAAGAAUGUUACCGAAAUACAGGAUCAGAUAGGCAAAGACCAUCGCUAUACCCAGGCAGAAGCGAGUGUUGAAUACUGGCUUGCCUUGAGAUGUAUUGCUGAAGCAUACAAGUCCAUAGACCCAAAGCAGCAUCUCCAGGCUGAAUACGCUAUAGCAAAAUCUAAGGAUGCAUCAGACGCUCGAGAACCUGUAGGAAUUGUGGUUGUUGAACCGGCUCAACACACAUUUUUCUAUAGCCUCAUUUCAGCCCUUGUGCCAGCUUUAGUCCACGGAAAUUGCAUCAUUAUCCAGGCGGAGAAAACACUUCUUGAGUCUCCGAAAUUUAUCUUGUCACUCAUCGAAUCGGCGCUGGAUGAUCACGUUUUCAAGGUUGUUUAUUCGCAGUUGACGGGCGAAGAGAUAGCGUCUCGGCACACACGGAUCAUCCAGAAGCAAGAUAUCAACCCUCGAGUGAUUGCAAUUAUUGAACGAGAUGCAGAUCUUCAGCUUGCAGCCAAGGCUAUUGCCAGCGCACGAUUCAGCCUCAGGGGCAAAUCACCCUUUGCGCCAGAUUUGGUGUUAGUAAAUGAAUGGGUUAAGAAGGAUUUUCUCAGUGCAUUGGUACAGCAUACUUCAGCAUUUAUCUCGGACACUGUUCCCAAAGAUCCGGUGCAGAAAUUAUCGAAGUCAAGAUUCCAUGACACCAUCCUUAAGGAGAACCUCGGCGAGGUAGUCUUCUCCACUUCAGAAGGAUAUAUCUUAAAUGUCAAAAAUAGGUGA